AUGAGACUCCAGAGCUCCCUCCUCCUGGUAGUCCUCCUGGUUUUGGAGACUCAGCGGCAUGUUGCCUUGUGUAAGAAGAAGGGAGACAAGUUGGGGGGCUGCCCACCAGACGACGGGCCCUGCCACCAGCUGAUUCCCAAUCAGUGCUCGAACGACCACCAGUGCCCCAAUUCUUGGAAGUGCUGCUCCCGAGCCUGCUACCUCCAGUGUGUCCCUAGAGUCUUUGUAAAGCUGGGCAAAUGCCCCGUGGAUCAACUCCGCUGCCUCAGUCCCAAGAAGCAUCUGUGUAACAAAGACUUGGACUGCUCAGGCAACAAGCGGUGCUGUGUCAGCGCCUGUGGCCGGGACUGCCGAGACCCCAGCAAAGGUGCCAUUUCCCCUUCCCCUCCCACUCAGCUCUGGGACGUCCUUCCAGGCUCUGACUUUGAAAGAUGCUCCCAGCUGUUAGGCCCCCAUCCAUCCCAGGCAAGAAUAGAAACCACCGCCUCCGGCCGCCUGCGGCCUCCCUCCCUUCCCCCGGCAGCGAUCGAUGCGGCCUCAGCCGCGGGGGACGGGAACACAGGAAAGGAGGGGGCCGCGGGGCCUCCGCAGUAG